AUGUACGAUGAUGCUGGUGAUGCCAUCCUUAAAAAUAGUCGUCCCAGAUGUGGCCUUCUUGAUUAUGACAAUAAACUUGUUCUCUCUCAUCACCUUCGUAAGCCUCUCAUUGCUGGCCUUCUUGCCUUGGAACCGGCUUUCUACGUCGAAGAUAAUGAUACAGAGAAUGAGUUUGCUUCAUAUGUUAAUUCCCAUUUUGCAUUUUCUCAAGUUCUCAUCCUUUCUUCAGAGGCGGCUAAUCUAGAGACGGCUAUCGCUUUGCUUUACUCACUUUGA